CUCAGAAACAUUGUUUGCUUCAGAAGCAGCGUGCAUUAGCACCUCAUACAAUGGUUGGCCCAUGCCGACUGGGCUGAUUCUCCACAUUCAAGUUAUGUUCUCAUGCUCUUUCGUUAUAACACUGGCCCGUUUGCCUCAUGUAUACCUUUUUGCAACUCUGAUAGGAAUUUGGUGUACUAUGUCUUUCUUGAACUCGGUUUAUUCUACCUCGGGAUUCUUUGAACAGUUCAUUUUCUCCUUCUUACUGAUCACAUUGCAGAUGUUUGACAACCGGCAAGGCGCUAAAAAAAAACUGUGCUUACAUUAUGCCUUUGGACGAUGUUCUUGAUGUGCAAUAUCUUACACGUAUAAGUCCAAAUAAAACGGAAGUUUAGAGGAAGAGGGAGGUUUUACGCAUGGUGAAUUUGCAUGCAUAGGUAUAUGCAGACUAUAGGUGCGGCCAUCCUACCUAUGUGCAUAAAUUCUUUUUUGUUUUCGGUUCUUAGCCACAUACCUGGAAAGAACCAAGCCCAUUGUUCCCCGUUUUCGUCAUAUCUCCAAGCUUCCCUUUGUCCCUGCCCUUUUAUUUCCACCCUUCUACCACCUUCUCUCUCUCUUUUGACAUUGGUUACCCCAUACCACUCACCAGCUAAUUAUCCUCCUCCUCUCCCAUUGAGGGUGGAAGACAUUGAGCUGCAGGUACGUAAAUACGCUGCUAAGGAAAACAGUUGUUGCCUUGGAGUAAAAAAUCCUCCAUGUUGGCUCCAGCGACACUUCUUGUUCGACUACCGAUAAUGACUUAUAUGUAUAAGGAAUCACUUGCACUUUCGGAGGCAGCUGCUGCGAUCGCAAAAACAAAGUGGACCAAUGUAGAAAGUCGUCAUAAGCCACGAUCUCCUGCAUACCAGAACUGAAACUGAUUGAAGACAGUGUGCUGUUCCUUAAGUACACCUGGCACGAGCUGCUGCUGCUCUUCUGCAAUGUCGUCAACGUGUUUGUUCAACUCGGCAUGGGCGUCCCGCUGCUCAUCAAGUCAGCGCAAGAAACGCUCGUCAUUCCCAUCAACAUCACUACGAUUGAAAGCAGUGAGCUUGUGGUGCAGCCCUACAACCCAUUUGCCUUCGAUGUCAUCGUUCUCCUUGCCGUGGUAUUUGGAGCAUGGUUUGGCAUCUCCGGAGUCCUUUUGGAGCACCAAUACGAGUUAGCACUGCACAUAGCCUGCAUGGUGCUGGCGUUUGUGUACAGUUUCACAGAGUACCUUGUGUGCGGAAACGACGGCAGCUCUCUGCUCCUUAUGUAUCGAGCACUAGUGUCCGCAACGCUGACAAGCAUAUCAGCAAUCCUUGCCAUCAAGGCUGUGUUUCACCCGACUUGGACAGAAUUUGUGCUUGUCGGAGUCGCUGAAGGAAUGAUAGAGAUGUACAGAUCGUUCUGCAAGUUUCUUGCCAUGCUGAAGCUGGAGUUCAUGUCAUAUGCAAUAUUUGGGAUCCUGGUGCUGAAUGCCGGUGUUAAUAGCACCUUGUGGCAGUUCACGACUCUGGCGAUCAUUCUUGCGUACAGUCUCGCCCUGUGGUGGAUUGGGUCAAUGGGGGUGAGAAAAGAACGUCCAAUCAUGGUGUACACAUAUGUUGCACUCAGCAUGAUAGCGCCACUGUUUCUUGUUUUAGAGAUCAGUGCCAGGUUUCCGAACAAAACCAUUCAGAUCGCCGACAUACCCGUUGUGCAUGUUGUUGCGGGUGGCUUCUGCAUUCUCAUGAGAGUCUAUCUCCACAUUGAAUUGCUUCACGUCUUCAAGAACUUCAAUUGCGGACUCAUUAAUCAAGAAUUCCUAGGUCUUCUAACGCCAGAGACCACUGGCCUGCUGUCUGGGAGGAGACAUUGAAUUGAUGGUGGUGCCAGAUGGACAUUGUCUCAAAAGAGCCUUGGUGUGCGCAUUACACCUACGCAAACAUGGGAGGACUGCUUUGAAUGCAACAGCAUUUAAGAGGUGCGAGGAGAACUAGGAAAUUAUUAAUCCUCUGUGCUUGUUGUGUAAACUAACAGAGCUAAUACGGCCUGUCUUCUUCAGGCCACACAUUACCAGUGGGACUUCCUGUAGAGAAAUGCCUAUUAUCUUCUUUUUCUGUUGUACAGAGGGCUAUCUUGCUGUUGUUAAUGCCUUUUUAGACUGACCUGUGUACUCGGAAGAUGUGCUAGCUGACUUUGAGAUGGUUGGAAUCUGUUUGGUGAUUUUUUAACAGCUCUAAGUAACAUUGCUUAUAGUACUAAGUUAUUCACUUAUCCUCUUGUUUGACUUCGGUUUUAAGACUUUAUUAUUUUUGUAUGUUUUUAUACUUACACGUUUACUUAGUUUCUAGUGAUAGCACUAUGCAUGUAUGUGUUGCAUGAAAACUAUGAGAGGUCCCGUUACUCAGUGUUUCUGUUGGAGUGACUUAGGAGACAUUUUGGCGAUGCAAUGAAAUGCAUGUGGCAUUGAGCUCAAAAUAUUAUUUUCUUUUAUGCUUAUGCUGGAAAAGGCACAACAUUGUAGAUGAGAAAGGUGUAUUGAUGAAUCGCUAAGCUUGGAUGAAUUAACGAGUGUUUCUGUCUAGUAGUUGCAGAGUACCAGAAGAAUCACUGAACUGUGGUUGUUUUGAAAUUAAUGCUCCUGUUAUGUACGUUACCUAAUAAUCUACCCUAGAAGAACCUGAAGCAUGGAUCUAUAUUUACUAAUCAAUGUUUGUGCUUCCAGACUAGAAGAGCUGCUACAUUUCGCAGCUGUUAAAUAUAUCCUGUUAUCCUAGUACUAGAUUUUACUUUACAGGGGAUAAAGUGUAAAAGGUGACCCCCGAGUCUAUUGUUGUAACCACUUGCACAUUGAUAGUAGAGCUUGAUGGAAAGUUAUUGGUACCCUUCAAAUAAAUGUCAUUAAGAAAUUUUGCCUGCUGCAAAUUGCCCUGAAUCUCAAUUUUUGUGCAGCUAUGAAAAAAAUAUAUAUAGAAUAGCGUGAAAGUUGAAUUUUUAUUUUGGGACCAAGUAGGCAGUGCAUAUUCAUUUAUUCAUUCUGCAAGUUCAUGCUUCAGUUCAGCCUGUUUUGUGGCCAGUGUACUGUUAGUUGUUCAAUUCAUGAAUCAACUCGUCAGCAACUCAUAGAUGAAACAAGACCCAAAAAAUUUUACUUCGUGACCUAUGCAAAAUAAACUGUUAGAACUUCAAAACAGCUCGCAUCAUGUUAAGCAACCUGCUUGUUUGAGACUUCUGCGUGCUGAAGGUCAACAAAACCACUCAUUCUAAAGGUACAGCAAGUUCGGCUCAUGAAUAACUUAUGUCUGCAGUGUUUCUUUCUUAAUUCUUAUUCGGUUAAUUAAUGCUGCUUUUGGAACACAGUGCAAUGUCAGAGUAACCUGAGAGCUUACAUGUGAAGUGUACUGUAUGUUUGGAAUGAUGCAAUGUGUGCCUGGAGACAAACACAACGAUAAAUUAUGUAUGUGUGAAUCAAGAUCGUCCAUAAAAACAUAAUUCUAGCCGAAAGAAUUGGUCGAUAAUGAACAAUUCUUUUCAGUCAGGCCACUACCACUUGCUACAUUACUUUUGUUGAUCUCUUUAUUAUUAUCAUUCCAACAAGUCCAGAUUUAAGAUGUGGAAAGUCUGCUUUACACUUCUAUGUGACAAAUUGAAGCUCUUUUCUUUCUCCGUAAGAAGUUCAUGACGGAUCUUUGAGGCAGCCUGUUUACCCGAUGGCAUGUUCCAGCAUAAAUAAAUGGAUUUAUGUUAUUUUUUA